AGUCCCUUUGGGUGGGGAUAGAAGUGCGGAAGACACCAAAGAACAUCCCAGGGGCGCCACCGGCUCUUCCCAUGCGGAUUAAGCAUUGCAAGCCGGCUGCUUAGCCUGCGGAGGAAGUGGGGGGAAGGAAGGAAGGACAGAGGCUAAAGAGAUUUAGAAGAGAGAAUGGAGAUCACUAACAGGACCCUUCCAGGAAUAAUUCAUUCAAAAAAGAAAUAAAAAACGCUCAACAUGCAAAACUCCUGUGAAGAAAAUGAAGGAAAACCUCAGAACACACCAAAGGCUGAUGAAGGCCAUUCUUCUUCUGAAGAUACUCCACAGCAGGCGGGAGAGCCUCAAGCUGCAGGAGAGAGUGUAAGGGAGGAAGCCGAAGGAAGAAGCCUUAGAGCAGGGCCUGCUCAACCUGUCCAGGAGCUGAAAGAGGACACUCCCAUCAGGCAUUUGAACCCUGAAGAAGUGAUAAGAGGAGUAGAUGAGUUGGAAAGGCUUAGGGAAGAGAUAAGAAGAGUAAGAAACAAGUUUGUGAUGAUGCAUUGGAAGCAAAGACAUUCGCGCAGCCGUCCUUACCCUGUGUGCUUUAGGCCUUGAAACCUUUUUGGUUUUUUCCUCUGAUAUUGAAAUCUGGCUGCUGCUUUCUUUCUGUUAGCAUUUUCUGAUGUAUCUUUGACCUUUAUUUCACUUUUAAUUACCUGGCGAUGUUUUGUUUUAGGUAGUUUCAUUGUUACCAGCAUCUCAUUGGAUUUUGGAUUUUGACCCAUUUUCCACGUUUGUUUUUCAGUUGGAAAAUUUCACACUUAUGCAUGGAAAUAUGUUCAUUCCCUAUUACACAAUAAAACAUAGCAAAUUGCAAAGCAGCAUAUUUAGUAUCAGCUCACAUAUGUAGGAAGAAAUUCCUGUGUGUGUGUGUGUGUGCACACGUGUGUGUGCACAUGCAUACGGGGGCUCAUGUGCAUCUUAAAAACUUAACAGUGCUUAUUUUUGUGUGGUGUGCUUUUAUUUUGCCUUUUUGCUUAUGUGUAUUUUUUAAUGAACACGUGUCUCAUAAAGAACUGCGGAUUUUUUAAUAAAUAAGAGCUAAUUAAAAUUAAUUUGUAACUAGCUUGUAGGGGCAAUAAAGGCACUAAACGCUUGAUGAAAGAUCUAUAAAAGAGAAAUGUAAACCUGGAAUUACCUCUGGAUCUUUUCUCCAGAGGAAUAAAACUGGCAAUCAUUACAGUU